UUGUGUUUGUUCCAGACACACUCGAACUACCACUUCGACUACGGGGUGAAGGACUACCACACCGGGGACGUGAAGAGCCAAUGGGAGUCCCGGGAUGGCGACCACGUGAAGGGUCAGUACUCGCUGAUCGAACCGGACGGAAGCCUGAGGACGGUGGAAUAUUCGGCGGACCCGCACACGGGCUUCCACGCCAUCGUCAAGAAAUCCGGCGGCGGGAACCACUUCUCCUCCAAGUACAAUCUCCUCCCGGCCCCGGUCCCUUUCAAGCCUCUGCCCAUCAAGAGCUUCUACCCGUCCCACCUCAUCAACACCUACGACGGCAAGCACUCCGCCUACCUCAACCUCCGCCCCAAGACUGUUUUCCGCGUCCC